AUGCCGGUUAUGAGAUCUGCUACUCCGCCGGCUCGCGCGCUGACGCCCGAGCAAAGCGAGAUUAUUGAUGCCGAUGACUGCUUACGUCACGUUCAAGCCAUGUUUCCUGAUAUCGAACAUGACUUCGUCCACAGCCUCUGGCUUGUGGAAAAUCCUGCCAUAGUGACAGGACGGGCCCGCUUUGAGGAAGUGGUUAAUCAAAUACUUGCAAAGUUCCCCUAUCCUCGACAACCCAGGAUCGUGCCGAGCGAUCGAAAACGCAAGCGAUCGAAUAGCUCCGAGUCGGCUAUAGCGGCCGCAGACGUCGCGAAAUACAUGGACCCACUACGUUCAUCCGCGAGUAGUCGUUGGCUUGUCGCUCUUAUUUUAAAAGCAGAAUUCAUGGAGAUGACCAAGGAGUACAUCAGCAGAAUAGUAGCUCAGCAUCACCGUCUCUUUCCAAGUUACCUUGCUCUAGCAAGAGCAAAAGAAGACCAUCAACUUGGAAUGCAUCCCGUAUUUGGUCGGGGUCGCGUAGCUCGUGGUAGAGAUGCUGACAUAUACACUGGUGACGGAGGAAGUCGUCCAGAUCUCAUCGCCGAGCUACAAGCUGCUCGAAGGCACGCAGAUUACCUUCGCCGCCAGCGCGAAGCACAAAAUGCACGUAAGCUUGAAGAAGAGCAAAACAUCAAGGCAGCAACUGCGGCCGGCGCGAUAGCUGAAUGUCAAGCAUGUUUCGAUGAGAUGCCAAUGAAUCGUCAAAUACAUUGCGAUGGUCCCGUCGCUCACUUCACUUGCUUCUCUUGUGCUGAAACUUAUAUCAACGCCGAAGUCGGCCAAUCCCGUUGUCGUGUUCUGUGCACCGCUGGCUGUGGUGCAGGUUUUGCUCCUGCGCAAAUUAAUCUUCUCGCUGACAAGGACCUGCUGGCUCGACUGGCGCGGAUCCAGCAAUUGGCCGAUAUCCGAGACGCUGGUCUCGAUGAUCUCGAAGAAUGUCCUUUCUGCGAAUACAAAGCUAUUAUGGAUAUCAGCAAGGACGAGGACAGCGAGUUCCGAUGCGCAGCUCCAGACUGCGGUAUUGUCAGCUGUCGACGAUGCAACAAAGGCAGCCAUUUACCCCAGACAUGUAAGGAAGCCGAAGAUGAGCGGAGGCUCGAUGGCCGGCAUCGAAUUGAAGAAGCUAUGUCGGCCGCCUUCGUUCGACGUUGCAACGGUUGUCGUCAGCAGUUCAUCAAGGAGAGUGGCUGCAAUAAAAUGACCUGUCCUGCAUGCGGUAAUCUACAGUGCUACUGCUGUGGAGAAAAUGUCAAAGACUACCAUCAUUUCGAUGAUGGGCAGAGAGCGCCUUCGAAGCGUAAGGCCAAAUGCCCUCUAUAUGACAAUGCUGAAGAUAGACACAAGCGAGAUAUUGAGGAAGCCGAGAGGCUCGCCCGUGCAGCAGUGUUGGCCGAACUCCCGCACAUCACCGCCGAGGAGCUCGCCAUCGAAUUA